UGCUUCCGCAGGUGGCAACUGAUAGAUCUCGGCAAUGGUCGGCCAUUGCGCCCCGGCAUGCCACUGCCCCUCGCCUGCAGCGGCAUUCAUGCCGCCCGUAGCCGUCUACCAUUCGCGCUCGACAAGCAACAAAGCCAGAUCUUCAACAGCGCCACUCCUGGAACCCAGGCCCAGACCUGCCGUCGUCGACGACGAAUCUCACAGAAAGCUCCGGUACUUCGGCGUCUCCGGGUACAUGUUCACGGCCGCCGUCAUAGUGGCCCCGUCGUUUUGGCCCGAUUGGCAAGACUCGCUCACCACCGCCAUUGUGUUCUCCUACACCACGGCGAUGAUCCUCCUGCUUCUCAAACAUUGGGACAAUAAGGAAGACCAACCAGCAAGGCCAAGGCGAUGCCAUGAAAUCACAUGGGUGCAGAUGUUCGUGGUCACCGGGAUCAUGUUGAUCUCCGUGGUGUUGAUGGUCUCCAUUUUCCCUGCUAAGUGGGGUCACCUGGCCAUGAUUGUGUUCAUCUCCCUGGCGGCCGCCACGUUUAGUUUCUUGCUUCUCAAUGUCUGGGAUGCGCAACAUGAAAGGGAACGGGUACAGGCUGCAUCGGCAGGAUCUGAAGAAACGUCCAUGGAUCUGGCCUAGCCUUCUGAAUUCCACAUUCUGGGGAAUAAAUUAUUCCAUAUAUAAGUAAAUCCUUUUCAUUGUUUU